UUCCUACAAGUCGGAACUGCCGAGUGCAGACUGCAGAGGACCUAAUUGCUUCUCAUUUCUGGAUCUCGCCGGUGCACUGUCCGAUCUUGUCCGCCUCCCCAAGGCGAAAACUUCUCCUCCUGGGUUUCCGCCGCCGUGUCUCCUCCGCUACGCGAGAGCUUCUCCUCUUGGGAAGGCGAUGAAGCAGCAGCACGCCGGAGCGCCCUAAUUCUUUCUUCGUUUCCGGAUCAAGUUCGCCGGUGCUCCUCACGUCCACCCGCCUCAUCAGAUCGUGUUCGCCUCCAUAGUCCGCCACCGUCAGCUCCUGGCUUCCGGACCCUCUUCUCCUGGGACGGGGAUCAAGCACGCCGAAGCACCUUCUUCCCCGACACAGCCACACAGGCGACGGAUCGCGAUGCCAACAUAGCUCGACAGCCGUCGUUGCUGCUGGAUCUGCGCGUCUCCAGUCCCAGCCGGACGGAGCACCAUGCCGGACUUCAGAGGAAACACCCUUCUCGAGGAUCUUCCCAAGGAUCUCAUCGACAGCAUACUCGUCCUGUUGCCGUCCAAGGAUGUCGGCCGCUGCCGUGCCGUCAGCAAGUCGUGGUACAGUACCACCUCCACCUCUGAAUUCAUGCUUGAACACCAUCGCCGCCAGCCGUCGCUCCCCAUCAUCAAUGGGCAGGGCUGUCCUGCGAGUUUCGUCCUCUUCCGAGCGGCUGGCACCAGUUCCUCCAAUCAAAAGCUUUGGCCAUUCAACCCUGGCACCAGAUACCAUUCAGAUAGUUGCCUCCAAGGCACUUGUGAUGGUCUCAUCGUCAUCAAGUGGGGAUGCCAAUUAUACGUCUGUAACCCGGUCAUCCGCAAACAUGUGAUCCUACCACAGCCUCAAGCUGCCCAAGCCGUCAACGGAGUAAGUGGUUUCUACCGGCACCAUCCAACCGAGGAAUACAGGGUGCUCUUGGUCUCAACGCCAUCUCAGGGUAAAUCCAACUUAUACGUCAUCACGGUUGGAUCUACCGAGCCGAGACAUGUCACAGUGAAAAUGCCAAUCGUCCUGUCAUCUUAUGUGGAACAUAGGUUCCUGGUUAGGCUGCUCCUUGGGUCCAAUUGUCCACCACCAGUCCAGCACCGUGGUUGCCUACACUGGUGCCCUCCUUGUGGUGCUGGUGAUAUUCCUGGAGCCAUUGGAGAUAUUAUUGUGUUUGACACAGAAGCCGAGUCAUUCCGAUGGAUGCAUAGUCCUGCCCAUCAAUACCCUGAUAAGAAGUUGUUUGAUAUGAAGGGGGGUCUUGCUUUUUGGGGCGGCAAAUGCACCAAGUUGAAUAUUGGUUUAACCGUUAUCGAUAUCUGGGUUAUGCAGGAUUACGAGGGUAGAAUAUGGGGUUUACAUUACCGGAUUGACCUGUCAACGUUGGAGUUAUCACGACAACUAUAUCUAACUUCUUACAAAAAGAAAAAGAAAACACCACUUCAUUCAGCAGUGCGAUGGUUCAACGAUGUGGUUCUACUCAACGAUCGUGAGCUGCUGAUAAGGUUUAAUUCAAAACAUGUGCUGCGCUGCGACACUGAUGGUAAGUUUCUAGGUAUCGUGAACGUUGGGAAGAGUCAAUACCGGAUGAUGCUCACUCCGUACUGCCUCAGUGAGAGCAUUAUUCCAAUUCCCUCCGGUGAUAUGCAAGAAGAUGACGAGGUGCCUCCAUUCAUAGGGCAUGUGUAAAUGUUUGUGAGUUUUGCUUUUCUUUAUCCUUGGAUUUUGGACACAUGCCAUUUGUUCUUAGCACUUCUUACUUGGUGCUACCAGUAGAACAUGGCAUUUGGAUGGUUGCGGACUUAAGGUAGCAAUUUGCUGUCAUCAGCUGGUGCUUAUUAUGAUGCCAUGAACAUCUUACUAAUGCUCUGAACUAUGGAGUAUCUAUAUAUGCUGUUGAAACCUUUUCU